AUGUUUACUCGCCGUGUCUCAAUGACAGUUGUUGAGGAAUAUUUGUGUGAAUAUUCGUCGACAACUCCACAACGAUCAUUCGGAUUUCCAUCACAAAAUCAACAACAAUCUCUACAAAAUCCAAAUUAUCCACAACGGCAACAGUACAUCAACAAUCCGUAUAUGCUAAUGGAAGAUCCCAAAUCUCUCCCAAUACCAAGCCAUCCCUCAAAUCCUCCAAAUCAUUUCCUCCACAACCACUCUUCACCAAACUGCUCAAAUUUCUCGUGGGACUCCUCAUCGGAGCAAUCUUUUCCAAAUCAGUUCCCCCCUCACCCUCCUCCACAUCCAAAUCUCCUCUCAUCCUCCACUUCUUCUUCCUCUUCAUCAUCCCAUCUCCAACUCCAAUAUUCUUCCUCUCCGAGCUGUUCCACUUCAUCACAAGAAGAAGAAUUCGAUUUCAUCACUCGUCUACCACCAGAAAUUGAAACAAAGGUUUUUUAUCCGCCAUCCGCUCAACGUCCUCGAAUAAAGGAGAGAGUCCCGAGGAAAAGUCGAGAAAUGAUUUCACGAAAGAGGAAUCAUCAAUGCGAAUUUCCUGGUUGCGAUAAAAUCUAUACGAAAAGUUCUCAUCUACGAGCACAUCAACGACUUCAUACUGGCGAGAAACCGUAUCUCUGUCAAUGGUCUUUUUUCAAUGGGCAAAAGUGUGAAUGGUCUUUUGCGAGAUCCGAUGAAUUGACGAGACAUUACAGAAAACAUACUGGAGCCAAGCCAUUCAGAUGUCCAAGUUGUUCACGAACUUUCGGUCGAAGUGAUCAUUUACAGCUUCACAUGAAACGCCAUCUCAACGCGGGCGAUCCAGAAAUUCUUGAACUGAUG